AUGAAGUUUAAGGAAAAGGUCGUUUUGAUAACUGGCGCAGAUUCAGCUCUUGGCCGUGCUUGUGCUGAGUUUUUCGGUAGUGAAGGUGCUCUGCUGGCAUUAGUUGGACAGAACGAAAAAGAAUUUGUUGGGCUUUUGAAAAGGAUAAAAGUGCUUUGUAUCCAAAAUAAGCCACACAUUAUUUUGGCCAAUUUUGCCAUUGAAUCGGAACGCAUUAUGGGCGAAACAAUUGACACAUACGGACAUUUGGAUAUAUUGAUUAAUGGUUCUGGAACUGUUAUCAUUGGAACGAUAACCGAUUUGAAUAUGGACGAUUACGAUAUGGUUAUGUUAUCGAACUUACGUGGUGUCAUUGAAAUGACCAAACAGGCCAUCCCACAUUUGAUUAAAACGAAAGGAAAUAUUAUCAACGUUUCAAGCAUCUGCAGUGACAGGCAGUUUGGAGGAUUUUUAGCUUACAGUGUGUCAAAGGCGGCACUCGACCAAUUCACAAAAUGUGCGGCGAUUGAGUUAGCUUCAAAACAAAUUAGAGUUAAUUCCAUCAACCCUGGAUUUAUCAUGGCUGAUUUUAUGCAACUCACUUCAGGCUACAGAUUUGGAGAUGAAUAUAUUGUUCCAGAUCCCGAAAGUGAAACGGUCACCGCUGAAGUCAAACAUAUAGAAAAGUGUCUGAAUACGAUCGCUUUCUUUGCAACAGAUCACACACAUUCAUAUGUCUCUGGUGCCAUUUUACCGGUUAUUUAUGAUGGUGUCGUCAAUGUGGUGACAGUUUAG